AUGGAGGUACCAAGGAGGCGUGGAUCUCAACGGAUGAUUACCGUUGAUGACUUACCCCAUUCCGCAGUACCAUCUUCUUCAUCUCAAUUAGUUCCAUUAGCUGAUAAUAGAUAUUCGACGUUAUUGCCUCCGAUUGGCUCUCAAUCAUUGCCUGAUCAAUCGUUUCGAUUUCGUCCUGGAAAUCAACAAAUACCAUUUGACGAAUCUAUCAAUCAAUCAUUGUACAAAAUUAAACAGUUGGAAAGUCGAUUGCAAGUAACAGAAAUAUCAAACCGAACUUUAUUAGAAGAAGUUAUUCGUUUACAAACAGAACUAUUCACUGCGGUUCGUCGAAGUCAAGAUAUUUUACAGGAAGAACGUUUAUCACGACAACAAAUUGAGAAUAAUGUUCGAAUUCAAAAUGAUGUUAUUCUACAACUGACAUCAAGAAUUAAACGUAAUGAAGAUACGUUUAAUGAUGAACAUCAAUCGUAUCAGAUAAUCAAUUCAAAUGUUAAAGGACUUGAACAAAAUAUAAUGUCGAUUCAAAAAGAAUAUUUAUUAAGACGAGACACUUAUACAUAUAGUGUUGAAGGACUUCGAAAACAAAUCGAUGAUUUAAAUCAACAGCGUGAAAACUUGGAAAAAAUACAAUUGAAUAUGAUUGAAGAUAUCCGUUCGAUGCGAAAUAGAAUGGAUAUGGAUUCUGUUAGUGUUCAGUCGUUUUCGCAAGAAUUAAGACAAAAAACCAGAAAGCUAGAUGAAGAUACUCGUACAAUGGAAAAUUUACUUCGAAAACAACAAGAAACGAUUAAUGCUGGUGACUUAUUAUUCAAUUCUUUUCGCAAUGCUACUGAAAUGAAAUUAAACGAAUUUCGUGAUGCCAUAGGCGAAACACGAAAUCGAAUCGAUUUUGAUAGAGAGGAUCGUCGUUUAGUUGAAACACAAUUGGCAUCCAAAGUAAAUGAUGUGCAAUCAUCGUUAAAUAUUACACGUUCAACACAAGCAGAUGCCUUGAAAACCGUUGAAAAUAUUCGACGUGAAAUCACUAAUCAAAAUGAGCAGAUACAAACUAAAUUAAGACAAGAAAUGAAUGAUAUUGCAAGUCAAAUAAUGUUGAGAACAACAGAUAAAUUAGAGCGUUUAAAAGAUGAUAUUGAUUAUAAAUCAAAAGAAUAUGAAAAGGUGGAACUGGAAAAUCAAUUAGAUAUGCUGAAAGUGACGAUAAAUGAUGAACAAGCAAGAACAAAUAAUGAAAUGAGGGAAACAAUGAGAAAAAGUGCCGAAACGUUAAGAAAAUUAAAUGAUGGUAUCAUUCUAAUUGAACAACAAGCAGAUGAAAAUCGUCGUAAAAUUGAAAAAGUACUUGAUGCGGAAAUUAAAUCAAGGAAAUUACAAACUAAAGAAAUAUCUGAAACUUUGACAAAAAACGAUGAGAAAUUUAGUUAUCAAGUUGGUAAUAUUCAAUCCUCUUUAACAGCUGUUAAUCAACGAUUAGCAGAAAUGAGAGAUUUGAGUAAUAAACCUGAAAUAAUUAAUUUAAAUCGCCGAUUGGAACUCUCUGAAAACGCUCAUCGUGAUUCUGAAUUACAUUUACGAACACUAUCAGGAAGAAUUGAUGAAAUGACUGUGAAACAAACAAAUGUUGAGACAAAAUUACGUAAUACAGAUGAAAAACUAAAAGACGAUGAAGCUUUUGUACGUGAUUUAUCAAGUAAAUUUUCUAUGUUGCCAACCGUCGAUGAUCUUACAAAUGUCAAACAUGAUAUAAGUGAAAAACAUCAUGAAGAAACACUUUUGCAAUCAAUAGCUAAAAAUGAACAACGUGUUAAUGGCGUACGCGUUGAUCUCAAUGUAUUAGAAGAACAGUUAAAUCAGAAAAUGAAUAGUAUAGCAGAUAUUUUGGAAAGUGAACAAUUGUUACAAAGUCAAAUGCGAGAAAAACAUAGCGAUCAAGAUUUAUGGAAACGUGAAGUUGAUCAAAAAUUAUCUCGUCUAACAACUAUGAGAGAUACACUUCCACAGGAGAUCUUUAAUCUCAGUGAAAAACUAUCGUAUACUAGAAAAGAGUGUAUGAAAUUUUCGCAAGAUGAAGACUUCAAAACCAAGGAUGAAAUCGAGAAGGUACGUAAAGAACUUGCUCAAGUACAACGACUAGUUGCCAAAGAUACAGCAAAACCAGUGACACAACAAGAGAUCGACUAUCAACAACCACCCGAUGAGCCCAAUGAGCCCAAUGAGCCCGAUGAGUAA